AUGGCAGAAGAUGGUUAUGAUCAGUUUGAUGAAGAUGAGCCUGAUGGUAUCCCUCUCUCAGGAAAGAAAAGAUUAUUUUCCAAGGAAUUAAGGUGCAUGAUGUAUGGAUUCGGUGAUGACCAAAACCCCUAUACUGAAAGUGUUGAUCUACUGGAGGACCUUGUUAUUGAAUAUAUUACUGAUAUGACACAUCAGGCAAUGGAAAUAGGAAGGACUGGUAGAGUACAGGUGGAAGAUAUUAUCUUUCUUGUCAGAAAAGACCAAAGAAAAUAUGCCAGGGUAAAAGAUUUACUAACCAUGAAUGAAGAACUUAAAAAAGCUAGAAAGGCUUUUGAUGAAGUGAAGUACGCCGUUCCUUAA